CAUUUUCCCUUCUCCUUCUCCUGUGAAAAUUAUGAAUCUCUUCUAUUUCUCUUGUCCAAGGAAAAAGUUAUUCCUCUUUGUCCAUCGUUAAUCUCCUCUAGAUUCUUGUAGAGCUCUCCUUGAUUAGCUUUUCUACGAACCAAGUCAUAUUCCAGCAAUUGCACCAUACCCGUGUUCCUUUUUGACUCUGUUCUUCUGAACGCUUCUUCAAAUCUAGGGUUCUUAUGGGGUUUAUGAACCUAAGGGUUUAUUAGAUCGACUACAGUGUCAUAUAAUUCGCAGGUUGUGUUCUCCUGGGUUUCUGAAUUAGGCUUCCCGUUGGUGGAAUAUGAUAGUGUGAUCACACCAUAUCUUGAACCAUUCAUAGGGUUUUCUUAUAUUCUUCAUUUGCAAUGAGGAUCAGUAUUAACAUGCUCGAAUUAAAUCGGUUUUAAGAAGAGUUUGAUACGCGGGUUUUUUUUCUGAGUUCGUACCAUAUUUCUUGGAAUUCCAUGGCUUAUAUGUCGAUUCCUGGUUCUGGUUCCGGAUCGGGAUCGGGAUCGAGUUCAAAUUCUGGGUUUCAAUUCUUGAAUUCCUCUUUCGGGGACACCACUUACACCAAAGUCUUUGUGGGUGGAUUGGCUUGGGAGACACAGAGCGGGACUCUCCGUCGAUACUUCGAGCAAUACGGAGAGAUUCUAGAAGCAGUCGUGAUCACUGAUAAGAAUACAGGGAGGUCGAAAGGAUACGGCUUUGUGACUUUCCGUGAUCCUGAAUCUGCGAGGAGGGCCUGUGCUGAUCCAAACCCUGUUAUUGAUGGUAGGAGGGCUAACUGUAAUUUGGCUUCGCUUGGGCGGCCAAGGCCAGCUUCAUCAUAUGGGCGCUUGAGGUCAGCAGCACCCUUUGUUGGAAAUUUACAAGUUCCCCAUGGAUCCUAUGUAGGAAGCCCUGGUUACCACCAACCAGUUUCUUACAGCUACCAACAAGGAUAUUCAUAUCCUCCAUAUGGGUACACAACAUACGGGCCUGAAUAUGUCUACCCACAGGGUGUUUAUAAUCCUUACAUGGGUCAGCAAUAUCUUCAGAUAUACGGGGUACCGGGGACAGUUAAUCCGGCUAUCUACCCAUUUGGGCAAGUUGGUCAGACUCUUCCUGGCAGUCAUGGGUAUACAGCGGUUCAGGGCUACACAAUGCCAGGUCAUCAUCUUGUGCAAUAUAGUGGGCCCAGUGUCAAUGGAGUGACCAGCGCUCCUAUUCCUGCAAUUCAAGCAUCAUAUCCUACAGGUGUAGCAGCACCAGUUCUAUCACAGCCGCAUUUCAUGGUUCCUGCUCAUUCUCCUAAGUUCACCCACGCUAGUGGUUCAGACCAAACGGCAGGUUGAGGGGUAGAUCAAAUGAGUUGCAUCUUGAGGUAUCCUUAGAUUGCAGCAGGACUAAGAGCAGCAGUACUGCUACUUGAGUGGCGGGCUUCGAAUCUAGCCUUGCAAGUUAUUAUCUUUGCAUUCUAGAGGUCAUCCGUAGUCAUGGUCACGGAGAUAGCACAAAAGUCAGAUGUCGUGUGCUCCAGUUGCUGGAGCCAGGAACAGGAAGGGGCAUGGAUCGCUCCUCUGUUUCCAUAGUGUCUGUAAAACCCUCAUUUCCUGCCGGAAUUGAGAUUGCUGGCGGAAUAUGAAUUGGUGCAUGCUGGAAUGUGGUUUCCAGCAACCAUGUAGGAGAAAACUUGUGGUAAAUCCAUCAUGUAGAAUCAAAAUAUGAUUCUUUGAUGUAGACCCAGGAUUUGGGUGUAUAGGAGUCGGUCCCUAAUUGUGUGGAGGGUGGGUCUUGCACUGUAUUUAAUAGUCCUGCGUAUAGCUGUAUUUAUUGUUGGAUUAAUGUUUCUAUUUAUUGGUCCUCACUGAAAUCCAUGUAAUUUAGAUUACUCUUUAAGUGUCUUGGAACAUGUGUCGGAUUAGGUAAUAAGGGAUCUU